AUGGAGUCGAUGGCUUUGAACCGACUCGAAUGGAUCGCCUCCGCCCUCGACGCUCUUGCCCCGGAACAGAGUGGCUUCCGCCGACUCCGCUCGACAGCUGAUUCCAUCGCGGACGUUGUCGCCACUCUCGAGCACGCUGCAAGCCGCCACGAAGCCACAUACCUGGUGCUGCUCGAUGUCGAACGCGCGUUUGACGGCCUCCCGCACGGCACCAUCAUCCAGGCGCUUCGCGAGCUGCGCAUCACCGGCCGCCUACUGGACUAUGUGUCGGCCUUUCUUAGCGACCGAAAUCUCAGAGUGCGUGUUGGCGACGCGCUCAGCACCCCCCGUAGCGUGACCGCUGGUGUUCCUCAGGGCAGUGUUCUUAGCCCCUUUCUAUCCAACUUGGCGCUUGCAAGGCUCCCCGAUUUCAUCCCGAAGCUGACAGCCUUCGAAGUCCGCGUGGCGAUUUACGCCGACGACAUCGCUCUUUUCGCUUCCGCGCCCACGGACUAUGGCUACCAAGUGCGGCAAUCACUACAGUCUGCUAUCAACGCCGUGGACGAAUACCUCACCAGCGUGGGGCUUCAGCUCUCGGCGUCUAAAACCGAGGCGCUAAUGGUCCACCCCCGUGCUAGCCGUGCUCGCUCCGAAGUGCCCACGCUCUCGCUGCGCGGAAGCCCCCUCCCGUGGCAGAGAAAAGUUCGCUACCUGGGCCUUCACAUCGACUGCCUCCUGAACUUUAAUGCGGCAACCACACAGCUCUGUAGGGACGCCAGGAAAGUUGCAGGCGCCGCACGCUCCCUGCUCGCCCGUGGCCGCGGCUGCACAACGCAUCUUGCGCUCCGAGUUUAUAACUCGAUCGCUACUUCGCGAGCGCUCUACGCGCUCCCGCUCACCAACGCCAGUGCAGCCAACUGGAGGGCCGUUGACGUCGAACACCGCACUGCAGUUCGCCAGAUGUACGCGCUUCCCCGCUUCUCGCAAGUGGGGGCAACUCUCGCCGAAGCGGGCAACUGGCCGCCCUCACUUCGUGCGAGGAAACACGCGCUUCACCACAUCGAGCGCCUGCAACGGUCGCCACAGGGCCAGUCUUUCGUGUGCCGCCUCCACACCCUCGAGGGCUCGGGCAUGGGUCAGCAUGCCACCGACUUCAGCGCCCGCAUCGCGUCUCUGCCGCAGCUCCUUCCCUCGCCGCCAUCGCCGCACGCUUCCCCGCUGCUUGACGUUAACAUCAGCGUCCCCGGCGUCACGAGCAAGCGCCGAACAGCACUAUGUGCCAUGCAGCAGGAGACGGCUGCACUGCUUCACGAACACCUACGCGACCGCCUCCUAGUCUACACUGACGGCUCUGUCUCCAGUGACGGCUCCGCUGCUGCUGCGUGCACGGCACCGGACAUUUCUGCGUCCCGGCAGUGCCGUCUCCGUUUCCCUGCCUCAUCGACAGUCGCCGAACUCGCGGCCAUCGACCUUGCGGCUGACCCUCUUCACCAGUGCGGUGUCUCGUCUGCUGCGAUCCUGAGUGACUCGCGCGCGGCUCUGUGCAAGCUGCGGAAAGACUAUGCCGGUGUGCCACUUGUGCAGAGCGUGGGAUCGAAACUGCGCCACGUCGUAAAUCAGGGCUGCGACUUGGUUUUGCAGGGGGUCCCCGCGCACAUUGGCCUGCCCGGAAACGAAGCAGCGACGCCCUUGCGAAGCAAGCACUCGCGGCUCGCUUCCCCCUCGCAGCCUCCGUCACUCGCUUCGACGUGGCCAAGACGGCCAUACUGCGCACCCUCCGCGCGCAUCAAUCCGACUCACGUGUUGCUGCGGGGACGCCCCCUCGCCUCCUCCCCCGCGCCGGCCUCUCCCGCUGGGAUCGUUCCUUUUUCCUGCGGCUGCGCGUCGGCUGCUACAGCACGGCCGCCCGAUUGCACAGACUGCACGAAACAGGCAGCCCCGCGUGUGCGGAAUGCGGCGAGGAUGAGACACUGGAACACCUUCUCCUGCGUUGCCCAUCCUUCGACGUUGAGCGCACCUCGCUCUGUGCUUCAUAUCGCCGAGUCGGACUACCGUGCAGCACGGAGGGUGACCUCCUAUUUCCCGUAG